AUGGCACCAUCAAAUUCCCCUCAACAAACCCACCCUACCCAACUAACCCACCCAAUCCAGCUAACUCACCCUAUCCAACUCACCCAGUCGACCCAACUCACCCACCAUACCCAACUACCCCACCCUUUCCAACUAACCCAGCCAAACCAACAAACUCACCUCAUCCAACUGAACCAGCCAACCAAACAAACCCAGCAAGGCCUCCCAAGCCAAUUAAUCAGCCCAACCCAGCCAACCCAGCCGGGCCAACAAAGCAACCCAAACCAAUGUGAAACUCCCGCCAGUACCCAAGCAAAUCCGUCCUUGCAAUCAGCCGCUUCUACUGCAUCCAAGCGUCCAGGGAGGCAAAAGGGAUCACUUGGAUACACGACUCCAGACUGCUUGGCUCUGGUGGAUGCAGUCAAGAUGUACCUCCCUUUGGGCUCCCAGGAGUGGGGAUAUGUUCAAGUAGAAUUCAACAAAUACGCGCAAGAAAGUGGUCAACCAACCAGAGAGGCCGAAGCCUUGAAGCUCAGGUUCCGAGCCUUAGCAAACCAGACGAAACCAACAGGCGAUGCUGACUGUCCAUUGUACGUUCGCGAGGCCAAAGCGACUCAAAUAUCGAUUGACAGGCGCGCUCAUGUCAUCUCUUGUAGUGAUAUCAAAAACAUCAAUGAGGGGAAUGAUGUUGCAGGAGAAGUUGAGGUGUCAAUGCAAGAGAAUGGAGGAGCCAAAUUGGAGUUCGAUGGAAACAAAGAUGUGCUUCCUGAUCCUCUCGAUCUAACCUCACCUCCAGGGACAAACCCUGCCAAGCAAUCACGAUUGGACAACUCUGGACCACCCUUGCAAAACUCGCAAGAGGCACGCGAUCAUGAACGUAGUGUCACUCAGUUCUAUGCCUUUUCCUUACAAGAUUCUCGUGCGGCCAACACUCGUCUUGAAGCCGAGAUCAAGCAACUACGCGAUGGGGAUAAGAGUCUAGCUAACCAACUGAAAAUUGAAAACGAUCGACUGAAAGAGAAGAUAAACGACUCGAUUUCGGAGGUAGUAGUCACUUACGUCAUUCUCAUGCAACCAACACUUCCUCCAACGGUCAUCUGCCCAGCACUUCAUCUCCACACAACACUUGAUGAAGGUGGAAUCUGA